AUUCUACAGCAGAUAAUGGCUUCUUUUCUUGCUGAUGUAGCCGGCAGCCCUUGUUGUCUGUACAUGUCCCGGGAGAGAGGAGCGAAAGGCGGCUGUUAGUGUACGAGCUGUCGGGAGCAGUCGCUCUGCAGGUACCCUGCAUGGACUACUCUGGCACUCCUUCUGGGUUUUUGCUCUAUUUGCACUAUGUACCGAUGUAACACCUCUCAUUCCACUUAAUCUCUGUUACAUUGUGGCCUGGUAACAACAAUUAUAUUCUGGAACUCCAUAGAAAAAAGGCAGCAUCUGUAAUCAGUCAUGGCAUCAAGACAACCUGAUGUACCUGCCAUUGAGCACAGUUCCGGUGGGCUUCUAGGAAAAAUGUCCCUGCCUGUCGGGAUGCACCGUCGAGCUUUCAGCUAUGACGAUGCUCUGGAGGAUACAGCACCAAUGACACCACCCCCAUCGGAUAUGUGCAGUAACAUCUUGUGGAGAAACCCUGUAAUCCCAGAACGUAAAUACCAGAAGCUGUCUAAGGUUGAGGAUGGGGAUCAUAGCAUGCCCCCACCUACUUUGCCCCAUUCCUCUACCAUUGAGAAGGCCCCUGUGGUGAAAGCCAAAGCAACCUCUGUCAUCAUGAAUUCUCUAAUGACAAAGCAUACACAAGAGAGCAUUCAGCGAUUCGAGCAGCAGGCCGGCCUCAGGGAUGCUGGAUAUACUCCACACAAAGGCCUCACUGCCGAAGAGACCAAGUACCAUCGCGUGGCGGAGGCCCUGCAUAAGUUAAAGAUGCAAACUGGAGAAUCUGGUGACGAAAAGCAAAGUUCAUCCGCACAAUCCACUCCUUGCAGCACUCCAAGCUCCUCCCCCAAGCAGAUGCGCAGAUCGUGGUUCAGUCAGGGUUCCACCACUUCCCUUCCAACUGGUGAGAUCCAAAGCUCAGAGGCAGAUAAAUGGAGUAUGUUUGGUCCUCGUACUGUACAGAAAUCAACCACAGAUCCAGGUGGCUUCACUGUCCAAUCUUACAAAGGUGCUCAGAAGCCAACCCCCAUGGAAUUGAUGAGAGCCCAGGCUAACAGAAUAGCAGAUGACCCACUUACCUUCAGACCUCCAAAGAUGGAAAUGCCACCAUUGGUUGAUGUAAAUAGCAAAGUUCCCAGAAGCCACAACCUCAAGCCACGUGAUAUGAACAUCCUCACUCCAACUGGAUUUUAAGAUGCAUUUUUCUUUCUCCCAUCCAAAAUCUAUUUAUAGGCCGAUGAGCAAUCUUAGUAGUCGCCUUUUUCUCCUUUCCAGGCUCUCCUCUUGAAGGGUGUCACCACAGCGGCCCUUUGCCAGUAAAGUGCAUAAUAGUAAUAAUCAUUCUCUGUUCUUCACAAAGGUGGGAGUGUAAAUGCUUCCCUGAAACCUCUUGACACACAAGAACUGUUGCUACCUUUUCUUUACACCCAUGCAGGUCAUGCCAGAAACUCUUUUGACUUGUGCAUUGCUUUGACUAGCUAUCUACAGACUUUGCAUAGACUUGCAUAAGCGGUUGAUUGGUUGAAAAGAACGGUGGUGUAGUAGAAUGCAAACUUUAAUACCGUCACCGCGACAUUCUUUCCCUUCCCAUCCACCCUGUCAUACAGCUGUAUCCCGUUACCUAUAUGACAUGCCACAAGUGUCCCUGCUAAACAUGGUUACUGUCUUCACUAGACCUGUGUUUGGUGUUUGACACCAUAUUUUGUAAAUAGCACAAAUGAUUACCUAGAAUAAAAACCGUGGCAUCUAUCCAUUUUAUCUGGAACUUGAGCUUUGUUAGAACAUAUUUCCUUCUCCAUAGGCAUUUUGUUUGCUAAUGAAGUGAUAAGUAACUGGCACAGCAAAUGGAACAAUCUGGUUCCCUACGUAAGGUUAGCACAUGCAGGCUGCAUAGUAAUUUUCUCAUUCUGUUUUUGUUUUUCUUGCACACUGAAAGCUUGUUUAAUUUAUUUGUAUGUAUUUUGUGUGCAGCUGUGCCUACUUUUAUGGUUUAAAAUAAACUUUAUUAUAGGAG